AUGACCGCCAUUUUGGAGAAACCGCUGAACGGACUCGCUACCGUGUUGGCGUUUAUUGGUAAGCUAUCAGCUUUACAUCCAAUCCAUACAUUAAUCGUUACAUCUUUAUUGGCUUCUAUCGCUUAUUUGAACAUUGUGGAAAACUAUGUUGGUGACAGCUUCAAUUUCACUGAUUCAACUUAUACAUUGACAAACUAUUAUCAUCCUUCAGGUUCAAAAGAUUCUUGGGUUCAAGUUGAUGAUUUAUCUAAAAUUUCACAAGAUGUUGAACAUUAUAAUAUUGUUCCAUUUCAAUUUAAAAGAGGUGGUGAUUCUCAAAUUCCUGAAAUUGCAAACUCUUAUUCAGAUGAAUCUGAUGAACAAGUUCAAUUUUUAAUCACAAAAGAAAAUGAAACUUCAGAUUUAGAAUUAAAUCAAUUAGUUUCUGAAGAUGGUACCAUUUGGAGAUUCAGGGAUUUCCAUGCUAAAUUAGGUAGAUAUUCAGAUUUGGUUUUAAAAGCUUAUAACAAGGUUAGCAAAUUGAUCUUAGGUGCUGAACCAUUUGAUAUUGCAAUUGUUACUGUUGCUUAUCUAGCAAUGUGGUAUACAUUUAUUUCAUUAUUUAUUGAUAUGAGAAAAGCAGGUUCAAAAUUCUGGUUAGGGUUUUCAACUUUAGUUUCAUCAUUUUUUGCAUUUUUAUUUGCCUUAUAUACUGCUACUGAAUACUUGGAUAUACAAAUUCCAGCUUUAAGUAUCACUGAAGGUAUCCCAUUCCUUGUUGCAACUAUUGGUUUCAAACAUAAAAUUGCAUUAACUCAAAAAUUAUUGACUAAAUAUUCUACCUCUGAAUAUUAUAAAAAAGGUGCUCCAAAUGCAUUAUAUCUUGCUAUUAAAGAUCAAGGUUCAGCUCUUUUGCAUGAUCACUUGUUAGUUAUCGUUGCUUUCAUUGGUUGUUCAGUUUACGCUUCACAUUUAGAAGGUUUACGUAAUUUCUGUAUUUUAUCAGCUUUGAUCUUAUUUUUUGAUUUAUUAACUUCUGUUACAUUUUAUUCAGGUAUUUUAUCAUUGAAAUUAGAAAUCAAUUUGAUCCAUAGAUCAACUGUCCUAAAACAAGCUUUACAAGAAGAUGGUUUGACUCAACAAACUGUUGAUGAAGUUUUGAGAUCUGACGGUGAUUCUUCAAAAGUUUACUCUGAAUCAACAGCUAGUAGCUCAGUUACAAUUGGUAAGAUCUUAGCUAUCAUCUUAUUUUUCGGCUUCCACAUUUAUGGAUUAGGUUCUACUUGGUUAUCAGAUUUAGAUGCUAGUGCUGAAUAUACUGAAUCAUUUGCAUUCAGUGAUUCAUUCUUUUCACAAAUUCCAAUUGGCUCAAAGGGUACUCUGGUUUCAGUUUAUCCUGCAAGAUUCUUUUUACCAUCAAAGUUCUCUAUUCAAAUUGAAGAUCAAAUUUUAUCAACAAUUGGUUUUAUUAGUGCUGCUAUUCGUGAUAAAUAUAUUUCAAAAUUUGUUUUAUUUGCAUUCGCCAUCAGUGUUUCCAUCAAUGUUUAUUUAUUAAAUGCUGCUCGUAUUCAUUCAUCAAGUGUUGAAUCUGAUCUUGCUAAAUCUAAGAAAUCAUCUAAGAAAGCUACUAAAAAAGUUGAACCAAAAACUCCGGUUGUUUCUACAGAACCUGAACAAGAUGUUACAAAAUCAUCUGAAAUCAUCUCAUCUUCUGAUAAUGAAAGCGUUGAAUCACGUCCGUUGGAUACUUUAAUCGAAUUGUUUAAAGAUGGUAAAGUCAAAUCAUUAUAUAAUGAUGAAAUUGUUUCAUUAGUUACAAAUGGUAACUUGCCAUUAUAUGCUUUAGAAAAGCAAUUAGGUGAUACAACCCGUGCUGUUGCUGUUCGUCGUAAAGCUAUUGCCAAAUUAGCUAAUGCUCCUGUUUUGGAAACUGAUAAAUUACCAUACUUACAUUACGAUUAUGAUCGUGUCUUUGGUGCUUGUUGUGAAAAUGUUAUUGGUUAUAUGCCAUUACCAGUUGGUAUUGUUGGUCCAUUAAUCAUCAACGGUACUCCAUAUCAUAUUCCAAUGGCUACUACUGAAGGUUGUUUAGUCGCUUCUGCUAUGCGUGGUUGUAAAGCUAUCAACGUUGGUGGUGGUGUUGAAACUGUUUUAACUAAAGAUGGUAUGACUCGUGGUCCAUGUGUUCAAUUCCCAACUUUGAAAAGAGCUGGUGCUUGUAAAAUUUGGUUAGAUUCUGAUGAAGGUCAAGAUCUUGUUAAAAAGGCAUUCAACUCUACUUCAAGAUUCGCUCGUUUACAAGGUAUUCAAACUGCUUUAGCUGGUACUUUAUUAUUUAUUCGUUUCCGUACCACUACAGGUGAUGCUAUGGGUAUGAAUAUGAUUUCUAAAGGUGUUGAAUUUGCUUUGAAACAAAUGGUUGAAGAAUUUGGUUGGGAUGAUAUGCAAGUCAUUUCAGUUUCUGGUAAUUACUGUUCUGAUAAAAAACCAGCUGCUAUCAACUGGAUUGAAGGUCGUGGUAAAAGUGUUGUUGCUGAAGCUAUCAUCCCAUCUGAAACUGUUUCUAAGGUCUUGAAGAGUAGUGUUAAAGCUUUAGUUGAAUUAAAUAUCAGUAAGAACUUGGUUGGUUCUGCUAUGGCUGGUUCAAUUGGUGGGUUUAAUGCACAUGCUUCAAAUCUUUUAACUGCUGUUUUCUUAGCUCUUGGUCAAGAUCCAGCACAGAAUGUUGAAAGUUCAAACUGUAUGACAUUAAUGAAAGAAACUCCAGAAGGUGAUUUACAAAUCUCUGUUUCUAUGCCUUCAAUUGAAGUUGGUACUAUUGGUGGUGGUACUAUUUUAGAUCCACAAGGUUCAAUGUUAGAAUUAUUAGGUGUUAGAGGUCCAGCUGCUGUUCCAGGUGCUAAUGCUCAACAAUUAGCACAAAUCAUUGCUUCUAUCGUUUUGGCUGGUGAAUUAUCAUUAUGUAGUGCUUUAGCUGCUGGUCAUUUGGUUCAAAGUCAUAUGCAACAUAACAGAGCAGGUGCUGGAAAGAAAUAA